UCGGACACGCCCACACACCCGUCUCUAUGUCCAUACUGUAGUUGGGCAUCACGACCAGCUCGUUGAGGGCAGGAGGAGAGGUCCAUUCACCAACAAUACACCGCAGUUCAAAGCAGGACAGAGGGACAACAGGCUGCCAGAGAGAGAUUGAAUCCAGCAGUCACCAUGGCAGACAGCGGGAAAACUAAUGAGACUGGAGCUGCUGCAGCGGAACCAGCUAAUGGAGACCAGCAGAACGUUGUGUCUCGAGUGAGUAAUCUCCCUCUGGUGAGUUCAGCGUGCGGGGCGGUUUCCAGUGCCUACAGUACCACCAAAGACAACGUGCCCUUGCUGAAGGGAGUGAUGGAUGUAGCAGAGAGUGGUGUCCGAACCCUGGGGGCAGCUGCCUCUACCGGGUCCAAGCCUCUGUUGGACAUUAUAGAACCACAGCUUGCAACAGUAAAUGAGUACGCCUUGAAAGGACUGGACAAGAUGGAAGAGAAGCUGCCUAUUCUUCACCAACCUGCAGACAAGGUGGUGUCGGACACAGUGGGCAUGGUGUACCAGUCGGUGGCAGGAGCCAAAGACGCCGUGGUGGGGGCUGUGAUGGGCGGUGUCGAGCUGACCCGGGCAGCAGUCAGCGGAGGUAUCAUCACCGCCAUGGGCACCAGGAUGGGCCAGAUGGUCAGCAGUGGGAUGGGCCUGGCCCUGAGCCGAUCCGAGGACUGGGUUGACCAGAACCUGCCACUCACUGAGAGGGAGCUGGCUGCAGUGGCUGAACCAGCCUCCAGUGAGGUGACUACCCAGUUGGCCAGCCCCAGCUACUUCGUCCGCUUGGGGAAACUCUCUGCUAAAGUACAGGAGCGAGCCCUAGAGCAGUCCCUGCUCCGUGCACGGCAUGCCAGAGAUACCACGUAUGCUUCAGUGGCUCAGAUUACCAGCACUCUGGACCUGCUAGAGAGGGCCCGUACCGGUCUGGGUACCGCCAGUAACCAGAUAGGAGGAGCCUCAGAGCAGCUGCUGCAGCGCUGGACAGAGUGGAAGGAGAAGCAGGCUGGAGCUGGACAGACUGAGUCAGAGCCAGAUGGGACCAAAGAUGAGGCUGAGCAGCUAGAGUGGCGGGCCCUCUCCAUGGUGCGUGGUAUGAGCGACCAGCUGAGGUCAUCGUGCUCCAACGUGGUGUCAAGUGCUCAGGGUCUGCCAGGUGCAGUCCAGGACCAGCUCACCAGCGCGAGGCGAUCAGCUGAAGAGCUGUACACCUCUCUGGGGAACACCAGUACCAUCACACCCCUCCUUCUGGAGCGGAGUCGUCACCACCUGACCCAAGUUCAGCAGUCUCUGGAUGGUGUCAUGGAGUAUCUCCUAAACAACACACCGCUCAACUGGCUGGUGGGACCUUUUGCCCCUCAGACUGUCGAGAGGGCAGAGGAAGACGUGGCGAUGGAGCAGAGCGGACCACACAACUAGACUCUGCUGUGUUUCAUGAGUUAAUCAGUAUGCAGAAAGAGGACCAGUGUUUACCGUAGAUCGACCAUUUUUAAUGAUACAUGUGCUUGCUUUAAUGAAAGAAAUGAAAUGAAAAUCAUGUUUUCUUCAUGGUGCACUAAAUUUGAACUUAUUAGCUGGCGACACUACAUUUGUGAUGUAGAAGUUAAUGGGAUUUAAUUAUGCCUUAAAGCUCUGACCUAUGGCCUUACAGAUUUUAUAUUUAAUUUGUGCACUUUGUUAUUUAUCCAGCAAGGGAUAAAAGUAUUUUUACAUUUCAAGUGCCUGUACCAUUGUUUCAAAUACUUUUUUUUCCUUGUUGUAUUGAAUCCUCAAAUGUGGUUAUCAAAAAAUGUUUGAAAGAUAUGUGACAGAGGCGAGAGAUUUUACAGUUUAUAGGUGCCGUACGCAAGAAUUUUAGUUUGAGACAUUCAGAAAUUUGUACUAAAGAUAUCAACAGAAUGUGAAGAAAUGAAAAGUUUUGAUGUUUUGUCCAGAAUUGUGGUGACCAACACAGGUAUCCUCAGCCAAAACAUUAUAUUUUCCUACCCCUAACCAAGUGUCUUUUUUAACCAAAGCACAAGCACAGUGUUGUAAUGAGACAAACCUGUAAAAUCUUAUCACAACAAAUGUAAAGUUGCAACAACAAAGAAAUGUUUUAGUCCUACCUUAUCUGUGGGCUCCCAAUUCUUACAUAUUGAACCUUUUAACAAUAAACUGCAAAGAAACUGUAAACUUUA